CGUGUGUGAGGACUGCACGCAGACAGUCAGCAAGCUAACCUAAGCAGCAAACAUCGUAAUUGCAACAUUUAAGUGUUACUUCAAAGACAAAAUGGGUUUGUAAACACACACUUUUUGGUCCUUGGAGUCAUUUUUGAGCCUCCCCAACCCCCUUGUCCUCCCUGCGCCUCCUUGUCCCUCCCCUGCGUCUCCUGACGGCUGCCAUGUGGCAAGUUGCACAGCAGCAAAGCGUCAAGCAUUAUGGCAUCCUGGGAGAUUUUGUGUCCCUGGUGACGGAGGCCAUUCCUGAACUGCUCACAGACAAACAGAAGCGCGUGCUGCUUCUUGCGCUGAGGGUCAAGCUCAGCGAUUCACUGACUGACAAAGGUGAUUGUGCUCGAUUGACUCUUACUGACAAAGUGAGUCCAGUGGAGAGACGGCGCCUCUCACAGGAUGUGUUCAACCAGACUUUUGACAGGGCUCUCCAGGCCCUCCUCUCUGACUUCCUGUGCAGGAUUGAACAGCUUUUUCCAGUCCCUGACUUCAAACAGGCUGUGUCAUGGCUCAAUGCUGCAAGCGCUGGUUUUGACGACUGUCUCGGUGUGCCUGACAGAGAGGACCUGAAAGUACUACUUAGCAACCAGCGCUAUCAGCUGGGACAAGUCACUUCUACAGUUGAUUGUGACACAGAGAAGAUCCUUCUCUCUGCCUGGUCCCACCCCCUCAUCACAAAGCUGUCCAAUUAUGAGCCACCUCACCUCAAUACACAAGCCCAUUCAGAUGUCCACGUUGACAUUGGGAGUCCAGCCCAGCUGGUGGUGGUGAUGAUGGAAAAUGAAAAGGAGGAGAUUGUGUCUCGGCAGAUGUCUUCACCAGCUGAACCAAAGUCCAAUAGCGCUUCAUGUAAAGAUUCAUCCACAGCUGUCAACCUGAAGGCACAGAGAUUAAAGGACAUGCCUGGUAACUCCCAUGACCCAUCCAGACACACGUCAGAUCAGCCACACAGUGACAUCAUGGCCGACGCUCUUCACAACAUUUCACAUCAUUCUCAGCGAGUGGCUCACAAAUGUCCGCAGUGUGGGAAAUGUUUCAUCUACCGCUCUCAGGUUUUGCGUCACCUGCGAACCAGCAAGUCCUGUGGCCACACCUUAACCACAACUGCAGCUGCUCAUCAGGACAAUAUACCUGCUGCUGAUGAGGAGGCACGCCUUGAAACGUGCCACCCCGCUGGAAACCACCCUUGCUUUCAGUGCAAGGAUGUGUUCAUAACCAAGGCUGACUUGCUGCUCCACCAGCGCAGCCACAGAGCCCGACCCAUCUUUCGAUGUGGCCAAUGUGACAAGGAGUUCCUUCACCUGUCCAGUUUGACCAAUCACAAGCCGACACACCAGGAAAAUGGCGGGAUCACCUGCAGCCAGUGCGGCAAAGUGUUUGUGUCGGCUAAAGAGAGAGACGCACACAGCCUGCAGCACCGGCUGCCAGACCUCACCUGUAAUCUCUGCUCGCAGAUGUUUAGCUCACAGUCGCAAUUGCUGCGACAUCUGCAGACACACACUGUGGAGGGUGCUGAGCCGUGCUUUCCCUGUCGCUUCUGUGACCAGACAUUUUCAGGCGUGACUCUGCUCCGUAUCCACCAGCGCUCCCACAGGACCCGUACGUACCAGUGUGACCAGUGCGACAAGACGUACGGCUCGCUCACCGGCCUCCAGUCCCACCGGACAAGUCACAACACAGACAGUCGCUUCCUGUGCCCUCAAUGCGGCAAAUGCUUCAAGACACGCGAUGGGCUGGAGGGCCACCUGAGGACGCACAGUGGCGAGCGACCAUACCGCUGCCCCUACUGUCCCAAAGACUUCACUGCGCUGGCUGGCCUCAAUGUUCAUGUGCGGCGGCACACUGGAGAGCGCCCAUAUGUGUGCACAGUUUGUGGCAAGGGCUGGCCGUCCGGAGGCGACCUGCAAAAACACAUGCGUAUUCACACGGGUGAACGGCCCUUCUCCUGCCAGGAGUGUGGCAAGUCCUUCUCCAACUCUUGUCACCUGAGUGAACAUCGGCGCAUCCACACCGGUGAGAAGCCUUUUUCCUGUCCCGAAUGUGGAAAAUGUUUACGGAGGAAGUUCGACCUGAAGAAACACAUGUUGUGCCACAGCAACAAACGUCCAUUUGCCUGCGUUUCCUGUCCCAAGAGCUACACUCGCAAGACUCACCUUAACAGACACCUGUUGACGCACAGGCAAGAUGGCGGAGAACCGGAGGCAGCGGAUUAAGUUUGACACCUUUUUAUACUUUUGAACAAUUCCACAACUUUUAGUGGACCCCUCUUGAUUACUCUGUAUCUUUUUGGACAAAAACUGCAACUAAAGAUGACAUUUGAGUUAAGUCACUGUGAUAGACGUUUGCUAGUGUUAACAUUAGCAUUUCUGAAGGACGUUUAUACAGUCAGGUUUGAACUGAAAUGUUGUGUUGACAUUGUUGCCAUGGAGAUUGCAUUUGUCUACUGCUGUCAUUUGUGAAUCAAACAAACUUUAUUAAUGUACAUUUCCAUUACGGUCUACUCGUCAUCAUCAGAGUUUUCAAUGACUUUCCUCAUCCACCUGCUCAUCCUGAAAACGUGUGUGAAGAAGCCGUACUUCCCAUCGCGGUCGCAACCCUCACCCCAUGACACAAUGCCAAUCUGGUACCAGCGGUUCUCUUCUGGAUGCUGCAAAAACAAAAACAAAAUUCAAACACCUGCAAAUAAUUGAAAGAGUUGAUGAUCUUUUCACCUUCAUCACAAAGGGUCCACCACUGUCUCCCUCACAAGCAUCACCUCGCUCGGGGUCGUCGGGUUUAUAACCUAUUAGUAGGUUUCAGCGUAAGUUGAGGACAUCUUCUGAUUCCAAAGGAAAGGAAUUAGAGUGCAACAGAAAAACAAACUUUACCAGCGCAGAACAUGUUGUCAGUGAUCCUAAUGGAUGUGGAGCUUCUGCAAGUGCUCUGAUCUGCGAUGGGCAGGUGGAUCUGCUGAAGGACUACGGGUAAAGCUCUGGCAGACGGGCCCCAGACUUCCCUUAGGUUUCCCCAGCCAGUCACUCGACCUUUAAACCCUGCAUUCAUCAGUCUGUUGGCAAUAUGAAAAGUCAUAACUCACGUCAAAAACAGUUGAUAUCAAGCCGUUGAUGUGGUGUGGCAAUAUUAAAUGUCACUCAGAAGAAUGUGUGUAGACUCACAGCUUAGCCACCUUCUUGUUGGGGAGGCAGACUGGGUGGAUCUGGUCUGUGAAGACAAUUGGCCGCCUCAAGUGGAGCAGCGCGAUGUCUCGGUUCAGAUUCUCCCUCCAGUUGUACUUUGGGUGGACAAUGAUUUUGUCAAUUGCCACAAUCUUCUCAAUGUUGCGUUCAAACCUAAAGAGCAAAAAAAGUGAAUUGCUGGCGUGUCGCCCACAAAGGUGGUGGCAAGAGAAGGUCUUUUCUUACUUAGCCCUGUUGUGUUUCCCUAAGCGCACGAUGAUGUCAUUGGUGGUGAAGUUCUUGUUCCAGGGCGGGUAGAGGAUACAGUGAGCGGCUGUGAGGAUCCACUGAUCGCUGAUUAAACUGGCGCCGCACAGCAACUCUUGCGGGCUCCGUUUGUACAGCAUCACCUGCCUGGUGGACGCAGUCACGUUUGAACUCAAAUGUCAAAUGGGGCAAAGACGUAACUGUAAGAUCCUCAUUAUUAACAGCAGGUGGACAUAGGUAACUGGUAGUUCCUGUGUGCUUACCAUGGCGCAGAGGCCACCUCAGCAUCGUUGCCCCCAACAAUGCGCUGAGCUCUGUACGACUCCAGCAGCUCCUUCUCGUUGCUGUCCGCCUUUUUAAGCUUUUCAAACUGGGGCCGCUCUCCACACUCUGCCACACAACCAGCUCAGCAGCAUUGGUUUUGACAGCAUGCAACUACUGUAUCUUCAUGUUCAUCGGCGUCUUACCAGUCUCUCCUUGUCCAAAGGAGCGAGGGUUGAAGAAGGCCUUCCUGGCAGGUGCCAGUACGGAGCGCUCACGGCCAUCAGACUCAAUGGCUGAGUCUCCCCCAAGCAGCUGGUCCUCUGCAGGUGACACACAGGUGAGAGCCCCCAUUUGUGUCCUGUAAUGGUUACACUGGUGUCAUAUUUACCACACAUCUGUAGGUCGCAGUAAUCUACUGUCACGUUCCCAAACUGCCGCACAUAGCACCACGGGCCCUCUGGGUCGUUGUCCGGGUUACGACAUGUGUUUCCCUGCAGACUGACUUCUGGUAAGAACUCCUUGUCCUUGCUCAGCAUCUUGACUUCCGGCAUUGACCACGGCAAGCAGGUGUGGCCCCGCAGGGUGACUGCCAGGUCGCCAACGUAGUCAACUCCAUUGUCAGUUAAACACUCACUCACAUCCCUUUUUGGUGCAGGGGCCGCAGUGCUUGGAACAAAGUGUUCCCCUUUCAAGGAAAAAAACAAUUACGCACUGCCAUGACAGCUACUGACAUCACCAUAGACUGAAAUGGGUUUAUGUUCUGAUGUCAGACUUGCCACAUAUCGGAACUCUGCAAGUCUCUUUCUGGACGGCCGGGUCCUGAGUGAAACACCAGGGUCCUUCUGCUUGGCUGUCUGGGUUUCGACAGAAGUUCUCCUUGAGGUUGCUGCCCGGGUCUGAAGCGUUGAACUCUCUGAGGACAAUAAGUUUUUUUACAACAUGCAGCCAUCAACUCUCCCAAUGAGGGUGUGUUUGCUCUUACUUUAUUAUGGGAUGUGGAAAGCCCUGACUCCAACUCUGACAGAGUCUCCCUGAUUUAGUGAUGUGGAUGUCUCCCUCAUAGUUGAGUCCUUUGCCAGAAAUACACUGACCUGAACACAGACACAUACUCACAGAAUUGAUCACGUUCACUCCUUUUAAUGUUACAUUACAUCAGAUUUUACCUUCUAUACAAUCUCUGAUCAUGAUGAUGUUGCUCGUGGUCCGUUCCAGUGUUGUUCCUUUGCAGUCUGCAUGCGCACACAAACACACACACACACACACACACACACACACACACACACACACACACACACACACACACACACAGGCGGUUUGUGUACUUGUGAGGGUCAACUGCUCUGGACUUUGUUCAUGUUUGAUUAAACUUCUGGAAGAGACCAAGAACUUGAAUAUACAAAGCUACUAAAUGCAGAUUUAAAUGAAACCGACCAAACUUCAAAAUAGGCAGCAUGGUGCAGUUGUGCUAGCUGCUUCUUCCUCGUGUCUUAGCAAAAGGAGGUUAUUUACUCACCCUGAUAUUUCAGCCAAAAGUUUUGCUAAAAGGACACCAAGAUAUGUCGUUAGGCUUUGAGUAUCUCUCACAACCAGCAGAUGAAGAUCAUUGUGCUCGUACUGUUUUGUCCGGCUGUUCGAACACCUCUCUGGCCUCUUCGUGAUCACACAUUUCCUCCAUACACUCUCUCUCUAGGUUCCCUAAGAACAAUUACACAAACCCAUGUUGACUGGUGUUGCGUCUUCCAUGCUGGGGAGUCAGUGCUCACCUGGUUUCAUCUCUUCAAACAGCUGAUUGGCUCGUCUGCCACGAACCAAAACUUCUGAGGCCAGCGGGCUGUCAAGAAAAACUGCACAUACAACAAACUUUACUACACGCAAUCUGCUUCUCCUGGAAGAUGUUCCUACUAUUUUGACUACCUGCUCUGAAGUUAGUAUUAAUACAAAGCAUUUCAACUGUACCUGUUGUUCUACAUGCUUUUCACUUUGACUGUUUGUAUAUAAGAAAAGAAGCAAGGAUGAAAUACCGUGUUCUGUCAGACAGCCCUGCAAAAGGAACAGAAGAAGAAAAGAUGUUGGUCCGGCCAUGAUCUAGACCUCCAAGCAAAACUUCCAAACCAAGUCUAGUCGGCUUCUGUCAUUUCUCUGUAGACCCCGGAGUCAUCUGAUGGGUGGGAAUAUUGACCGCAAGGUCAAAGUAUGACUCAGCCACAUGUUUACCAUUACUCAACCAGCUCGAUACCACCUGGUUGCUUAAUGUGAUCUUUUUUUUUAACCUGUUAUGUUCAUCAAAAUGACUAAUCUGUAUGCUUUAUUGUAGAGAGUUACUAGUUAUAGUGAGUCUGAAAAACUUCUUGUGUUGUGUGUUAGAAUUAAGAAGGUUUAGUGAUGCACAAAGUGAGUACAGAGUACAAUAUUUAAGAACUAUUCCAGAAAACUGUUGAGAGACAAAGAUGUUGGUUCACUAUUUAUACAGUACAGUUUGGACACACCUUCUCAGUCAAUGUGUUUUCUUUA